AUGAAUCCGCUGCCGUUGAGCACUCCGCUGCUGCUCCAAGCUGUCGGGAUGCUCAACCACAGCAACAGCAGCAGUCUCACUACGCUCUCGAACGAGGACACUGGCGACAACAACAACCACGCGCUGCUGUACUUUAUCGGCGGGCUGCUCUCUGCGCUCUUCUGCGGCCUGCAGGUGGUUUCGUACGCGCUCUUCCCGCGCUUACGCCAGCAUCCGUCGCAGAUUGCGUCCAUCCGCGCCAUGUGCGACUUUAUCUUCAAUCUGGGCUUCAUCUUUGUGUACAUUUUCGGGGAGCCCGGCGGCGACUCGAAUGCGUGCCUCACGCUCGCUCUCGUCAAUCAGUUCAUGGCCUUCGCCUCGAAUGGCUGGUAUCUCGUGCUCUCCAUCGACCUCUUCAAGGCCAUCCGCAACCCCUUCUUUGUGCCCACAGACUACAUGAAGGUCUACCACCUGUUCGUCUGGUCCACCAGCCUCGUCACGGCCAUCGUGCUGGGCGUCGCCGAUCGCUGGGGCUACUCGCUCUUUGACUUUUGCUGGAUCAAGGUCACCGGUCCGAGCGACCUCAACACCUUCUCGUGGGUCCUCUUCUACAUUCCAAUCAUGAUCUUCUACCUCGCUUCGUUGGUCGUCCUCAUUGUCGCCACGUUUGCCCUGCGGAAUGGACUGCCCGAAAGCCACGAAGCCCGAUCCCGCGUCCUCACGCAGGGCCGGCGCUACGUCACUCAGUUCUUCCUGUACUGGACGUUUGCCGGCGCAGUCUGGGGAGCGCAGUACGGCUAUGUCUCGGAAACCUCUCACAAAGAGUACCCCCUCAUUGUCGUCUUCUCGUUGACCAUUGCCGUUCGCGGCCUCGCCGAUCUCGUUAUCUUGUUGUGGUCGUCGCGCCUCACCCCGCGCGACUAUGUGACUGCGAUUGCAGAUCUGUGCCGCCGCGGUGGCAAGCGAAAGUCGGCUCGCACCGCGUCCACGCACCACGAGCGAGUGACGCUGACCCAAUCGUUGCUGUCGUCCGAGGCCACCUCCGCCGCUUCGGACUUGGGAACGGCAGCAGCUGCUGCACCAUCUGCACCAGCCACAGCGGCAGCCGUCGCCUCGGCGGCAGCGUCCGACAACAUCAACCUUGCCUUGCGAAAGGACAUUAUGCUCUGCACCACCUGGGCCAUUGUCGACACCGUCAAGUACCAACACAAGCUCGCCCAUCCACGCGUCACGGUGAGCAACACGGUAGAAGAAACUGGCACGGCUGCUGAUCCAGAGCAAGAUCCCGCUGAUAUUUCGCCAGGAGGUGCAGUGGUCGACCUGUAUGCCUCCACCUCGGACGAGAACUUUUCAACCACACACCUUGCCAGUGAUUCGCACAUCUUGGACUUUGAGCAGGUUGUCACCAGCGAAAUGGUCAAGCGCCGCGGCCAUGGCAAGUUUUACUUUAAGGACUACAUGCCUGCCGUGUUUGAGCAGCUGCGCUCGCUGUUUGGUGUCAGUGCCACCAAAUACUUGUCGUCCUUUGUGGCGCGCGACGACCUCAAGGAGGAGCGCGAGCGUCAAAUGCUCGAAAAGUUCACGGAAGGCCGCAGCGGCAGCUUCUUUUACUUUUGCCAAGACGCACGCUACAUUGUCAAAACGGUCACCUCGAGUGAUCUCGCCGUGCUGUGCAAGAUUCUCCCCGCGUAUUACGAGCACAUGCUGCACAACCCAGACUCGUUGCUGGCGCGGUUUUGUGGUUUGCAUGCCAUCUGUCUGUCACGAGAGCAAGAGUGGAUUCACUUUGUUGUGAUGGAGAACAGCAUCUUUACGCCGCUCAAGCUGCACGAGCGGUACGAUCUGAAGGGUUCCUGGAUUGCACGUCGCUCACUCAAAGAGGGCAAGACGUUGGCAAAUGUGGGCACGAUGAAGGAUACGGAUUUGAUCAACAACCAGCGCAAGGUCAAACUUGGUGCUGUGCGCAGUCGACGAAUGAUUCAACAGCUGGAUACCGACGCCACCUUUUUGCACAGCUUGGGGAUUAUGGACUACUCAUUCUUGUUGGCGGUGCAUUCGCAAGACCCGAACGACGCGAAAACUCGCGCGGCAGUCGCGCGUGCUCGCGAAUUUGAAGCAGCCCAGGUUGUUCCGACUGCGAGUGACGUGGCGACGCAUCGGCCAGAAAGCAUGCUUGUGGGUGAAGACGCCCUCAACAGCAGUUUCAUUUCGCACGUCUCGACCGCAAGCGCUGGGAGCGCCGCAGGCGCCGACUCGCACCGCCACGCAUCGCACAACAUCCGGCGAUAUACGCCAUUCUACCGCGUCGAUGCGGGUGGCAUGCAGGGCGUUGAUGGUGCGCAGCCGUGCUUGUACUUUGGCGGCGUCAUUGACAUGCUGCAGCAGUACGACCUGUCCAAAAAGCUCGAGCAUUUUGCCAAAACGAAAAUCACGUGCAAGGAUGCCCAUGGCAUCAGCGCUGUGGAGCCGCACGAGUAUCGGGAUCGGUUUGUGCGCGCAAUGGAGCAAAUGUUCGAGUAG